GUAAUUGUAUAAAUAUUUAAAACCUACUAGAAAUGGUAAUCCAGUAAUAAGGCAAUAAAUGUGAAAAAAAACUUAAAAGUCCACUCCUGUAAAAUUACAAAUGAGCUGUUGUGACUUUGUUGCACCGAAGGUGCGAUGUGUAGACAAAACAUAUCGCUGAUUAGCAACGCCGGAAAAUCCUACCUCAUAUUGGCAAUAGUGAACAUAGGAUUUCCAAGGAGACAAAAUCUACCCGCCAUUAGCAAUGUUUGUACAAAACGUACCAGCCAUUAGCGACAACCAAUGAGAGAUCUUAAUUUAUAGCCUAUUGCUAAUUAAUGGUAAAUUCUGCCUAAAUGCGAACGGUCGCGAACGUGUACAGUUAUUUGGAACGUAUCCUUAAGUCCCGUUUUGACAUUUUUUUUUCUAACCUUCAAAAUAUGGUUCAUUUUUAUUACAGAAUUUGUUUAUUUUUUCUGGGGAUGACGUUGGGGAUAAUAAUUAAAAAAUCCAAUAUGUUUGAUGAAAAAGCUGUACCAAUCCACACCUAUGAUGUUUGGUUUAAAAACCAAGGAUUAUUAAGAAGAGCUGUCUCUUGGGAUAAUUUAAGAUAUGUGAAACAUAUGAACAAAUCUGUGAUAGAAUCGAACUUCCUAUUCAAAAAAGUUACUAUUUUAUGUAUAAUUUUAAUGAAGAACGACAAAUAUUUUAAAUCAAUUAAAGAAACUUGGGCAAAUGGAUGCAACACAAUUCAAUUUAUAGAUAUUAGAAAGAAAAAAGUGAUACCUAUAAAAAGGAAUAAUAAAAACUCUUCAUGGGUAAAGCUGUGCCUAUAUUUACAAGAUGUAGGUAAUUAUGACUGGCUGUUAAUUACAAGUGAUCUUACUUUUGUGAUAAUGGAAAAUCUUAGAUAUUUUUUAGCACCAUUUAAUCCAGAACAGAAACAUUAUCUAGGACAUCCUGUUGAAUUUUGGAAAACAAAGUAUAAUUCUGUUCAUAGCGGAAUUGUGAUUAGCAAAGGAACUGUUAGUGCAUUUAAAAAUGCUAUCAAAGAUUCUGAUUGUUUAUUUUCUUCCUAUUGGAACAGAGAAGAUUAUUAUCUUGGCAAAACAUUAGCAAGCCUCAAUAUUACUCCUGUUGAUAAUAAAGAUGUGAAUGGAUAUUCAGUAUUUUAUCCAGGCAAUCUAAAUAAUUUGAUUUUUCAUGAUGACAGUGGUGAUAAGUCAGAUGUAUUUCCCAUCAAAUGUUGUAGUAGAUAUACCAUAUCGUUUCAAGCACUAGACGGUGAUAAAAUGUAUACUUAUUACUAUUUGCUCUACACUUUGCAGCUUUUCACUGAAGGUCAUUUUGGGAAUACACCUCAUGUACAUGAAAAUGAUGAUGAGGUAUGGAAGACUUUCUUGAAACAAAGAAAUGUUACAAGAGAUUACGUUACAAGUGCUGAAUAUUACAAAUUGUGGGUAGAUCUAAUUGAUGACCCUAUAUCAUUUGCUGCAAAAAUGAAAAGAGAAACAGUAGAUGAUACUUGAUAAGAUAAAAGUAACAAAAAUUUGGAAAUUGAAAUGAAAAUAUUUUAGUGAAAACAUAAAAUGAAUAAGUCAGUAGGUAACUGUUGUACAAGGGCUGCUAUUUAUUUUGGUAACAUAAUAUCAUCAUAUAUGUUCAAUUUAUUGCCAAAACAUUCAUUUAUUGUUCAUUUGGACUCUUUUAUAUUGAGGGUUCCAUGAAAUCUCUAAAAAUUUUGGUGAUUGUGUUAACAAAACUAGCUCAUACAUAUUUAUGAAAGUUUUAACAAAACUAAAGAUCGUGUUUUUACAAUUUGUAUAGUUUUAAUUCGAUAUAUUUGUAUUUUUGUUAAUAUAUAUACCAUUGUAUGAA